AUGGCGUCGUUGCCAAUGCAGAACAUGUCGCCACCGAUCUUCCACAAUCAGUCAAGCCACAAUGAAGAGAUCCUUGGACUUGUCAAUGUAUUCGUUCAUCGCGAAAAGGAGUCUGUGUUACGCCAAAAGCAAUUAGAGUCUCGUCUGAGCGCAGAAAGCGCACGGCUGCAGAACGAACGGCAUCAAUUCAACCAGCUGCAAGAAAAGCUUGCCAAGGCAGAGUCGUUGAAAGGUUUACUUGAAGCUCAACUAUUGAAGAUGUCCGAAGAAGUCGAGAUACUUCAGCAGGAGCUGAUCAUGGAACGAGCAAAGUCCCAAGAGCUCGAGUCCCGUGUCUCAAUUUUGUUCCAUGUUAACGAUAUGCUUGUGAGGAAAUCAAUAGAAACUGAGUCUUCGGGAACAUCUUUCGGUCAGAAACCUCUCAAUUUCUUUCCGCUACAUUUGGAUAACCUUCGGUACCAGGAGACAAGCAAAGAUCUUGGUACGGUGGCUAAAUCCAAGGAUGAAGUCAUGAUGCCUCUAGCAGCAUCAAUUCCAACCGGUUUCCGAUCAAGCUCUCCACUCGUUGAGAGCGAGAACAGCUGGGACUCGGUUGUUCCAACUGGUAUUUCCAUCGAUACUAGCUUAGUACCUCAACUACCUGUGCAGAGUGAUAGUCAGCCCCUUGAGCGGUGUGAAGGUUUUUUGACCAGCGAUGUAUAA